CGUCCACUCCUGUCAUCAUCAUCGACGACGACGACGCUUUCCCCGUCGACGACUUUUUCGUCGCCCUCAUUGUGCUUGCUUGCCAAUGCCCCCCGUCGCUGUCUCGAUACCCCCGUCCCAGGCAGUGGGCGCUCCAUCGGCCAUGUCGCCCACCUCUCGGCCUCCACUGCAUGCGAAAACUAGCAGUUCUCCCUCCUCUCCUUCUUUUUCGCCCGCCGAUGGUUCCCCGCGUGCUGAUCCAGCCCCGUCAAUAGCGGUUGCAUCUCCUACCUCGCCAUCCGACCCACACGAUAAGCUCGCUACACCACGUAUCACAGCCAGGGCCAAGGAGCAGGUUGGUAUUGCCCAUUCUCAAACACUACCCGUCUGCCAUGUUUCACCCGUCCGCACUCAUGCUGACACAUAUCUAUAACUCCAAUUGUUAUCCUUUCCUAGGCUCCGGCUCCCGUGAGACGUUCGUCUCAGCCCCUUCUCUGCACAUUACCCGCCGACACCUCCCGCUCACCAGAGGGUUCUGUUGACCCUUCCACCGACAACCUUCCACCUUCCAGCGCUUCUUCCGUCUCGCGCUUCACCUUUUCCCGCCGUCCUAG